AAUCACGGCGGAGCUGUCACUGUUAUGGUCCUGUCAGGGAGCCGCCGUCGAGGUACUCGGCUGCUCGUCACUGAGGAGAGUCCGUCUCCGGCACCGUCUCCGUAGCUGCCCGGCCGCCCGCUGCGCUCGUCCGCCGCCGCCUCGUUCCCAGCCGGCUCCCACAGCCCCGCAGGCCGCGGCGGAGGGCGCGUGUGCGGCUCGGCGCGGCGGCCGCCUCGGGACCGCGACCCAGCCUGCUCCCCUGCCGCGCCAUGCAGCCGCCGGGCCCGCCCCCGGCCUACUCCCCCGCCGCCAACGGAGACUUCACCUUCGUCUCCUCAGCGGACGCGGAAGAUCUCAGUGGUUCAAUAGCAUCUCCAGAUGUCAAAUUAAACCUUGGUGGAGAUUUUAUCAAAGAAUCUACAGCUACUACAUUUCUGAGACAAAGAGGAUAUGGCUGGCUUUUGGAAGUUGAAGAUGAUGAUCCUGAAGAUAACAAACCACUCCUGGAGGAGUUGGAUAUUGAUCUAAAGGAUAUUUACUACAAAAUUCGAUGUGUUUUAAUGCCAAUGCCAUCGCUUGGUUUUAAUAGACAAGUGGUGAGAGACAAUCCUGACUUUUGGGGUCCUCUGGCUGUUGUCCUAUUCUUUUCCAUGAUAUCAUUAUAUGGCCAAUUUAGGGUGGUCUCAUGGAUUAUAACCAUUUGGAUAUUUGGUUCACUAACAAUUUUCUUACUGGCCAGAGUUCUUGGUGGAGAAGUUGCAUAUGGCCAAGUUCUUGGUGUUAUAGGCUAUUCAUUACUUCCUCUCAUUGUAAUAGCCCCUAUCCUUUUGGUGGUUGGAUCAUUUGAAGUGGUGUCUACACUUAUAAAACUGUUUGGUGUGUUUUGGGCUGCCUACAGUGCUGCUUCACUGUUAGUGGGUGAAGAAUUCAAGACCAAAAAGCCUCUCCUGAUUUAUCCAAUCUUUUUAUUAUACAUAUAUUUUUUGUCCUUAUAUACUGGGGUGUGAUCUAAGGUCAUGUAUAUAAGUAAAAAGAGAUAAUGUUACAUUUAUGUGUAAGCUGGGAAUUCUUGUUGAAGGGAUUAAAACAGACCUAUUGUUGGUAAAAUUUAUAUGUUCCAGAUGCAAAAGCAAGUAUAAGGUAUUUUUAAAGAAAACAUUUUUUUUUGUAUUUAAUAGAGCAGUUACGGUUAUCGAAUUUUCUGUCAGAAUUCUAAAUUCUGUUUGAUUCCUCAUAUUCCAGUGAAUAAAAUAUGAAAGCAUCGUGUUUUUAAGAUUGUAUCAAUAUUCACAUAAAAUCUUGUGCCAAAAGCACGUGGUAUAGUGAUUACAUCUAACUUAAAGGGUAAAUAUGACAACAUCCUGAAAAUCUAAAAGUGCAAUUUUUUUCUUUAAAGGGGUUCUCCUGCAUUUCAGAUCCUUGUAGAUAUAUAUUUAUAUUUAUACAUAUAUAUUUAUGAAAUAAUUCUUAUUCACAAAAUAUAUUUCUGAAUAACCUAAAAAUUAAGAUAUUUUAAAUCAGAUGCUUACACUUUAAUUUGGCCAUUAGUCUUUUUAUUUAUAAAUUUAAAUUUGUUUUUACAAUUGUAUAUAAUUUUUAAAAUCUGUGUGCUUCAGUUUGUCCUUGUUAAGAAUUCUUAAUAAUGACUACAAAAUUUUAACAAUUGCUAAUGUAGAUUUGAUUUAUUUGGGUUUGCUUUUAAUAACUAUUUUUGAAUGUCUAAACACUUGAUCUAAAGUUUCUGUUUAUCUUUCUGACCAAAGGAAUAAGAAGUAUAAUAGAUAAGGUAUUCGUUAAAUUUGUCAAUAAGUAGAGAAAAACAGUAAUAUUUGUAGCAUCAGUAAAUAUUUUUAAGUAGUACUCCUAAAUCAUAAAAUUUGCUGGGAAAAUGAUCUUUAGAAAUCUUGUGGUCCUGAGCAAUGUUAUAUGAACUAGAAAAAAAAUAAUAAAAUGUUUCCCAGCUGUGUGUUUUGCUUUCUAA